AUGGCUACAGCCUUAGGUUUGGGUUAUGGUACUAUAGCAAUAUUAGCUGGGUUUGUAUUGGCCCUACUCAUCACUUUCUUUUUCGGAAGGUCUACACGAUCUCCAGAAUUAGUUUGCCUGUUAACGAUGUUAAUUCCAAUAAUAUUGAUCAUAAUCUUCACGGCAUCACCAAAGAAAAGCCAGAUUUUGACAGAUUCCGAUUAGGUGGAUUCUUACCUUCCAGUUGAUAUAUUUGCAAUGGUAUUCGGGAUCGUAAGUGCUCUGAGUGCAUUACUCUGCAUAUUGGGACAUUACUAUUUCCAGGGAUUGAGAGCAAUAAGAAUAAGUUCGCAAUUAGAGAUGGAGAGAGAUAAAUAGAAAUUGGAAAGAAAAAAACCAGCUUGA